AUGAGUUCUAGUGAUAAUGAAAGUCCGUAUGCAUCACCUCCCGCUUCGCCAUUUAUGGAUUUAGCCAAUAGAGCAUUGCAUGAAUUGAUGGAUGAUAGUGUGGAAAAAAUGUACGCGGACAUGUUAGAGGCACAUGUUGCUGAAAGUUCUCAAAGGACAACAAGAAAACGUAGAACUACAUUGAGGAAUCAUGAAGUGGGGGAUGCUCGUAUUUGGAAAGACUACUUUUCUCCACAGCCGGUGUACCCUGAAAAUUAUUUUAGACGAAGGUUUCGGAUGAGUAAGAAACUUUUCAACCGAAUUCUCGAAGGUAUUUCCCAACAUUCUCCCUACUUUACUCAAAGAUAUGAUUGUUCUGGUAGAAAAGGCCUUUCGCCACACCAAAAAUGCACAUGUUCCAUACGUCAAUUGGCAUAUGGCACAGCAGGUGACCUGCAUGAUGAUUACAUAAGGAUAGGUGGACCAACUGCUGUCGAAUGCCUUCAAAAAUUUUGUAGAUGUGUUAUUGAGGUUUUCUUAGUACAAUAUCUAAGAAGGCCAAACUCUUCCGAUAUAGAACGUCUACUGGAAGCAUAUUCAACCAAGCACGGGUUUCCUGGAAUGCUAGGAAGCAUUGAUUGUAUGCAUUGGGCUUGGAAAAACUGUCCAGUUGCAUGGAAAGGUCAAUACACACGAGGUGACCAUGGAUAUACCACCAUUAUGCUAGAGGCAGUUGCAUCUUAUGACCUUUGGAUUUGGCAUGCAUAUUUUGGAGUAGGGAGCUCUAAUAAUGACAUCAAUGUGCUGAAUCAAUCUUCAGUAUUCAACCAAGUCUUACAAGGUAACACUCUUCCAUGUAACUUUACAGUUAAUGGUACUUCGUAUACAAAAGGAUACUAUCUUGUAGAUGAUAUAUAUAUCCAGAAUGGGCUACAUUUGUCACACCCUGGCCGCGUAUAA